AUGGUCGACGUCCCAUUGGCGGCUCACGUUUCUCGGAUAGUCAUGGAGCUCGCUUCUCGACCCGAUGCAAGCCAGCAAGACGCGGAUGGAGAAAGCGAUGAUUCUAUGACGGAAAGACCUCAAGCUGUUCUACCUGUUUCUCCAGAGAGUACUCCAUCACCAACAUCCAGUUUACCGCAUCGGAGGAAGCCUCGCGUUCAUCGAGUAGGUCAGACGAAAGUAAAGAGGCGGCGAGAAAAUACUCCCUCUUCGCCGGGAAGACCUAGUAAAAAGAAAAAUCGCAAAGAAGAAGCUGAACAGAGUAGAGUGGAUAUGCUACUUGGUGGGGCUGACCCUUUUGGCGCCUUCUCACUUCCUCAAAAUAGUACAACUGAUAUGGCACUUCAUCACUGGGUGAGUGUUUUUCAGAAUACGCGAAUGGCGAUAAGUCCAAGAAAAGCUUGGUUGAAAAUAAACCUUUCGGACAAAACACUUCUAUCAGUAACCACUUAUUGCUCGGCCUAUCACUUUUACUUUCUCCGGCAUAUGAGAGCUCCGCCUGCGUGUCUGUGGCAAAAGUCAAACGCAAUUCGAAAUAUAAAUAUGGAAUUGAGAAGACCGAACUCAGUUCCCAGCGAUCACAUUAUGGUCGCAGUAGCAGUCAUGACGCUAUUAGAGUGUCUGGCGGGUGAGGUGAAGGAAUGUGUAAUCCAUAGAAAAGGCUUGCAACUCAUGGUACACGUUCGUGGCGGAAUACAAAACCUUGGGCUGGAUGGGGCAGCGUCAAGAACAAUCUCGUGGGCGGACACGUGCUACUCUAUUCUUAUGCGGACCAAACCAAUUCUUCAGCCCACACUUGUGCCAUCUGCUGGAGAAUCCCCCAUAGCUGGAUUUUCGACUGGUGAUCUAAAAGAUCGGCUGAGAUUACUGACCAAAACUUCUGAUUUCACUAAACAAAUAAUUUAUAUAUGGCUCCGACUACGAUAUCUCACUGAAUUCUUGGCGAGAAUGUCUAGCGAAAAAACCCAUCAGAUUGACGACUACUUUUUCACCGACAAGAUAGAUCUGGUCGAGCGAUUAGUUAUAAGCCUCCUUCACUCCGAAGGCUUAGCCGAGAGUGGUGCUGUGGCAUUCUUUACAGCGUUCCUCAAUGCCUCGUUGAUAUAUAUUUAUGAAGAGCUCAGAGAAUGUCCGCGAUGGACUAACGUCUGUAUCUGUUUAUCACAGCGCAUUCAUUCUGGACUUCAAAUGGCAAAUCUGUCGUUCAUAGCUCGACACUGUUCGGAUUUGCUGUUGUGGAUGCUGGUGCUAGGAAGGUCGGGGAACUCACCAAUCGGGGGGGAGGUCGGUAUGAUAUGGUACUCUAGUGCGAUUGGUGAUAUGGAAGAUCACUUGGGUAUUGAAGUUCCACGGAGUCUGAGCGGACUGGAAUAUUUUAAUGUUGCUGAGGGGACCAGGCCAACUGAGUCGAGGAGUGGGCCAAGAAGUGGAAGCAGUUCUGCCAUUUGA